CCUGAACAUCUCUCUCUCACACACACACACACACACACACACAGAGUCUGGCAAUGCUUCUGCGCCACCGCGCGCAUUUUGGACUAUAACACUAAAGUUCGGCUCGUGGAGCAUCGGUGCCCGUCCUCUUCUUCAAAGGUAUUUUGAUGUUACCAACAGAAAUCUCAGGAGGAGUGUGUUUUAGCACCAGUCAGCACUCCAAAGAAGGAAGGAACGGGAUGAAAACGGAAGAAAACCAAUCAUGUCUUCAGCAGGCCCCCUCCGCCACGCCUUACGAGCACGUGGGAGGAGGUGAGGUGUGCGCGGGGUGCGAGUCUCCCAUCGCGGACCGCUUCCUGCUGCGCGUCAAUGAGCUGUCCUGGCACGAGACGUGCGUCAAGUGCGCGGUGUGUCGCAGCGCGCUGAGCGGGACCUGCUACUGUCGCGACCGCUUGCUCUACUGCAAGCACGAUUACGAGAAGUUGUUUGUGCGGAAGUGCAGUGCCUGUCUGCAGGCGAUCGGCCGCUCGGAGCUCAUCAUGCGUGUGCUGGGACAGGUGUACCACCUGGGCUGCUUCAGCUGCUGCGAGUGUGAGCGUCGGCUGCAGAGAGGUGAUGAGUUUGUGCUAAAGGAGGGACAGCUGCUCUGCCGGGGAGACUAUGAGAAGGAGAGAGAGAUGCUGGCUGCCAUCAGUCCGGCCCCUACUGAGUCAGUAAAAAGUGAGGAUGAGGAUGGCGGUGGCGUCUCUGUUGGGGGAAAGGCCGGGGAUGAUGGGAAGGAGCACAAGAGAUCCAAGAGACCACGUACCAUCCUGACCACACAACAGCGGCGCGCCUUUAAGGCUUCCUUUGAGGUGUCUUCCAAACCCUGCAGAAAGGUCAGAGAAACUCUGGCUGCUGAGACUGGACUGACGGUGAGAGUCGUGCAGGUGUGGUUCCAAAAUCAGAGAGCAAAGAUGAAGAAGAUCGCUCGCAGACAACAGCAGCAGCAGCAACAGCAAGAACAGGAGCAGAUGGGCGGGACCAGGAGGGGCCCGAGCAGAGGGGGCCGCCAGAGUAACGAUGACAGCGAGGAUGGCUCUAGCAGUCACGGACUGGACGGCCUGCUCUCCUAUUCCUCUCUGCCACGUCAACAACUGCUGGCUUUGGAUCCCAACAUAUACGGUAGCGAGCAGUUCCGACACGGCCUCACGCCACCGCAGCUAGGCCCCGAGCAGAUGCACUCCUACGACUCAGAGACAGUUUUCCACGACUUGGACAGCGAUGGGAGCCUCAGUCAUCUCGGGGACUGUCUCUUGUCGACCGCCGAGGCUGGAGUUCUGGCGGGGCGGAUAGGAAAUCCCAUCGAUCGCCUCUACUCGAUGCAAAACUCCUACUUUACCUCAUGACCCUGGUUCAACCUACCGAAAGCAUUCCUCCAUCACUGCAGGGGGCAACAAGCAGAUCGAGUCUCACUGGAGGCGUCUUGCAUCGUCAAAACUAAUCGAAUCCCUCAAUCAUAUAUUAGUCGUGCCAAUAAAGCUCUAGCCAACCAAUCCAAGACAGGGUCACACACUUAAAAAUUCAAUUUGAUGUGGACAGAAUGGGAAUUAACUGGAAAAACAUGUUUGAUAUCAUACAUAUGCACUAUUUUUUGGCUUUGUUUCUCUCAGACAUCAACGGGCAGCUGUUCAUGUAAGUGUUACCUCACCCUCUGCUCGCUGCACAGCUGAGAAACUGAUCGAGGCUUUAUCUGAAAUCACCCUCUAGCCCCUCAUUCACUACUGUAGUGACAUUUUUGCCCCAUUAUUUUAGCACUUGCAGUUCCACUGUCCCGAAGUAAACUUUUUUUAUUACAUGAUUUUAACCGAAAUGCCUAAAAUGAGGUCUGUGGUUAAUAGAAGCGCAAUUUUUUUUUAUUCCACAGCAUAAAAUAAAGCGUAAUACCUCACUAAUGUUUUUUAAGCUUUAAAAGUUGUUAACGAGUGGCUAAAUGGGACAUUUGGGUCCAAAUAGUUGCUUGCACGGCCUCGUUGUUUAUAAUCGGUAACUCAGAUUUUUAGGGAAGAUAUUUUUACAUUCAUACUUCAGCUGAUUGUAUUUAGCCUUCAAGAUUCAUAAAAGUUGUGUUCAUUUGCGAAGAUUAUCAUGCCAUGUAGGCAUAAUACACUUUUGUUGGCCACAGAGCUUAUUUUUUGCAAUCGAAAAAUGCUUCUGGGUUUUCGCUGGAAGAAGCAGGGGUUACAGUUCUAGACUGACCCGCAAAAAUACUUCAUUGCUCUCUAUCCACCUCAUUUAUUUCAACACGGAUGCAAGCAGUUUUCUGUGAAUGAAAUUUCUGGUUCAUUUUUCAAUUUUCUGGUUCGUUAGCCUCUGUAGGGAAAUAAAGAGAAGAAUAGCAAAGUGCAGCAAACAGUAAAACGGUUUGCGCUUCAUAAUUAAGAUAAUACAUUGCAAUUAUAUGUUGAGACACACCGGUCUGCAAUAUCAAGCAACAAAACGAACUGUUUUGUACAGCUGAAACAGCUGGAAGCGAAUGACACCGGAAGCCAGACGUAUUGCGUUUACAAAUGGCCGAAAAACUGGGUGAACGUAGAUCACAAAUGGCUGUCCUCUCAAACAGCACACAGUAAAAGGGGUACUGAGGUGAUUUCAGAAACAGCCCAAAUCAAUUUCGUAUCACUGCCUUGCCAUCUUAAUGUCCGUCUUGAAUAAGCUUUUAUUUAAAGCUAACGUGAAAACCAAAAGAGUCUAGCAUGCUGGCGUAUGUCAAAUCUACAUUAAUAUUUCUGGCAAAGAAACAAAUGUUUAUUAAAGGUGCACUCAGUUUUAGUACGUUGAGCUAAUAUAGCGCUUGUCCUGGGCUCACAGCGACACCUAGCGGUGCGGAUGCAGCAUCGCGCAAACACAAAAGCAAGGUUAUUGAAACAGAUUAAUAUAAAAUUGCUGCAAUAUAAAUACAAAAUAAUGUAGAAAAUGUAAAAUAGCUUUUAUGAGUCUUCAUGUUAGUACAUUAUUUUAAAAUUAUUGUGGGUUUUUUUCAGUGUGAAUGUUUAAAUUGGGGAGGGGGGAUACUGAGUGCACCUUUAACUAAUUUUAACUUUUCACAAAUUUAAAAAAAAAGUCGACAGCUAUUACAAGUAUUUUCUCUGAAGAAAUUUAAUUUAGCACUAUUUUAAGUUUUUCAGACAGGGACUUUUCCAAGCCGCCUUAACUGUGCAUUACACAUUUAAAGAGAAAAUAUACAACAACAAAAAAAAAACAAGAAACCACAAAAUAAUGAAAUGUCAAAGCUGAAAUAUACAUCUCAAAGAAAAUAUCAGUGAGGGAGUCUCGACAGGGUUCAGAGAUGAAAGGAGGCACACAUACCACAGUGCUCAGUCAACACUAUCAAAAAACACACAUCCCUGCUCGAUUAAAGCUAGGUUUGACCAAUAUGGAGAAAUACGACGGAACCAAACCACAACAGAUUUUAUUUCAUUCUAACUUCAGGUUUUGGACACAGGGUAGAUUUCCUCUGAUAAAAAGCGAGAUGUGAAAACUAUCAAAGGCCUUGAAUUUUUCUGCAUAAGGUGUUCCUCGACCCUGGUCCUGGGCACUGCACAUUUUGGGUGUCUCCUUUAAUCGGACACACCUGAUUUAACUCAUGAGCUCAUUAGAAGAAACUUCAGGACCUGACAUGGGUCGAGUCAGAUAAAAGAGACGUUCAAAACGUCCAGAGUUGAGAAACACCGCUUUCGAUGGUCAGGCAUCAGGUAAAAUGUAGGAAUGUGCUGUGAUGCUCUAUAUCUCCAAACCGAGGUGAGGAAAUAAUCAGGGUUUCUGCUGUUACAGGGUUAGUUAGCCUUACAGUCACAGGGUUGAUAAUAAAUAUGACGUUAUCUCUAGUACUACUAGUACAAGGAAAAAAAAAAUAGCACAAAGUAUUAAAAAAAAAUACCCCUUAAAUGUUACAGGACGUGUACACUUGGCAACAUGUUGCUAAUUGUGCUUUAUUGUAAUAUACUGAACGUGUUGGUCACAUGACUGUUGUUGUAAUUAGCUCAACUGUUAUACGUGUAGUUAUUUACUUCACUUCUGUUAACUCGCUAUGUUCUUGUUGGCUAUUUUUAACGGCGACAAUAGCAUUGGAAUAUUUGUGUUGCAGCAUGAGACACCGUAUAUGUGAAAUGUAUUAUUUAUAUGGAAGAACGUACAGCGGAUUCACACGAACGGCCGCCAUCCGCUUCUGAAAAACCUUCACACUCCUGACAAACUGAAAUGUAGUUUUUAGUACGCCGGUGAAUCAACCGCUCGCUCCUUCAUGAAGCAUUUUGUGAUACUGGAUAGUGGUGUGACGUUUCUUUUAAAGGACCGCUGCGGUGGCAGCUGUUGAACGGUACGUCUUUUCGGUUUCUUUCGGCGUGAUCACUUUCAGUGAAUGUGUGUUUUUUUUUUUUUUUUUUGUGUACGGUUUUUCCAAUAUAACUCAUCGUUUGAAACGCU